AUGUCCGCGUGCGUCGCUCGAGCGGCGAGCGCAUCGCACUCGUCGUUCACGGGCCGCCGCGCGCCGCGACCGCGUCGACGCGCGCGCAUGUCCCCCGCGUUCGUCCGCGCGGCGAAGGGCGAUGGCGAUGCCGGUGCCGACGUCUUCGAGAAGUUCCCGCAGUCCGAGAAGCGCCACUACGCCAAGGAUCCUGUGCCGCGCCGCGUCGUCGUCCUGUGCCACGGCGUCACGUCGCGCGAGUCCGCGGGGUUAUUCUCGGCGAACAACCUCCUGCAAGGCCGCGUGGACGUGUGGUGUCGGUGCGUGUCCGCGGCGCUCUACCUCAGCGACGGCAUCCGCCGCGACACGAUCGUCUCCCUGAUCCUCAGGGACGGCGACGGCGACGGCGACGGCGAGAAGAACGAUGAUGAGAACGGCGAAGGAGGAGGAGGAGGAGGAAAGUGCCGCGUCGUGAGCGUCAACGGCGGCGAGGUCGUCGGCCUCGCUCCCGACGAGGCCACGAUCGCGCGCGUGCUGCAGCGAGCGCUGCAGCACGCGUCGCUCGACGCGCUGAGCGCGCUGGGGUUCUCCGAGGACGACGACGGCGACGACGACGGCGGCGGCGGCGAAAAGUCGCCGCGGAACGCGGAGAAGCGCCGCGCCGGAUGGCUCGCGAAACAGCCCGGCAGCCGCGGCCCCGUCCCCGGGGUCGCCGUGGAGGACCACCCGAGCCUCGAGGCGUGCCUCGACGCCGUCGUGCGCGGUGGGAAACACAAAGAAAACGGCGAAGAAGGGACCGUUUUCGUGCUCGACCUCAGCGGCGCGUCGAUGAUCGUGUUGCUCUCGGCGGCGGACGGCGCCGGCAAGCUGGCGCCCGGGGCCACGUUCGUGCUGGGCGACGACGCCGGGCUGACGGCGAGAGAGAUGGCGCUGCUCGAGAACGCGCACGGCGCGGCGGUUGGGAGGGUCGCGUUCAGGACCUUGAUGGCGAGUCAUUGCAUCGUGUUGGCGCACAACGCGUUGGAUCUGCGGCUCGACGUGCCGCCGAUGCCGUCGAGGAAUAAGCCGCCGAAGCCCCCAAUACCGCUAGGGUGGGGGUCCUAG